CUUGAUGAAUGAGGAGAUGCAUCACUUUCUAAUAUACACGUGAACUUGACAAUAUAAUUGGGCACCGUUUCUCACAGGAAUCUAGGGAAACAGAGAAGGAGUUGAUCUGGAAGAGACCAGAGGUGGAGGGAGGUACUGGAAAGAGAGAAGGGAAUGAAGGAGGGGAAACUGCAUCCCAGAUGUAAUGUAAAGAAGAAUAAAAGUUAAAAAGGAUUUAUUUUAUUUUACGUAUGUGAGUGUUUUGCCUGCAUAUAUGUCUGUGUGCCAUUUUCAUGCUUGGAUCAGAGAGGGCAAUGGAGCCUCAGGAACUAGAGAUACAGAUGGUUCUGAGCCACCAUGUCACUGAUGGGAAUCUAACUCAGGUCCUUUGAAAGAGUAAAACGUGCUGUUAUCCACUGAGGUACCUCAGUGGAUAAAAUAGGUAAAAUAGCAAUAUGGAUAGCUGGAAAAACUAUAAGGUAUCAUACCAUUAAACAUUUACCCACCCCCCAGCAAGGAAAAAUGGUGUUUGUCCUGGUAGCAGGUUCUUUAAACCUGAGGUGGAGUUCACAAAAGUUUUAAAUGGGAUGGGAAGUAAAUAAUGAGACAUCUAGGACAAUUUGUAACCACAAUGGUAAUAUAGUUAAUAGGGUGUGGAAAGUGUAGUAAUGACCUCCUAUUGUAUCUCUGUCUUUAAUUCCACAUCCUGAGAAUGUAAGAUUUCAUGGAAAAGGGAACAUAAAAACAGAUGAAAUGAGAUAGACAUUUUUGGGGAUUAAAAUAGUGGGAUUAUCAUGAAAUUUCACUGUGAUUCAAAUAAAAUUAUGAGUCAAAACAUGGAUAGUUGCAAAAUAUAGCUUAGUAAACUUAUGAAAUGAGUCUGACAAACCUUGUGAUUUUGGAUUUGUUGUGUGAUUUUUCCAAGAUCAACAUAAUUUUCAUUCAAUUGUAAAACUGUGAUUAAUAUUCUGUAUUUUUCACUACUGUUUUAGGUAUUAAUUAUAAAAUUAGGCAAUGUAAAUCAGUAGGAUUGGAUUUCUAAGGCAUGAUGCCUUGGUGCAAUACAGGCACACAAAGUGUGCAUUCUCUAUAGAAUCUGACUGUAAAUAACUUUACUGUCUCUCCUAUGCUAUAUAUACAGAUAGAUACAUAGUGAAGUGUAUAGAAAUGGAGGCUAUGAUAUUCAGUCUGGAAUAUCAAAAUUUAAAGAUACAGGUUAAUCAAAAAUGACUAGAUAAAACAGAAUGAUGUUUUAGACAUACUGACCAGUGAACCACAAGUUUGACGUGUACUCUAUUGUUUUUCUAGAUAUGUGAAAUAUGCUUCCAUUAUGAUGUUGAGAUGAAUACACUUUCCAUGUAUGUCCUCAUUGAAGAAUGUCCUUUAUUUCCAAGCUGGACUUGGAGUCCUGGCCAAUAUGUUUCUCCUUUUUUUCUACACUUCCAUAAUUCUAGGUCAUAAAUCUAAGCCCAUGGACAUGAUCUCCUUUCAACUGACCUUCAUCCACAUAGUACUAGUCCUCAGUGGAGGGGAUAUUGGUCUUACAGACAUAUUUGAGUCACUGAACAUUGAGAAUGACUUCAAAUGUAAGACAACUUUUUACAUAAACAGGGUGAUGAGAGGCCUGUCUGUCUGUAUCACCUGCCUCCUGAGUGUGUUCCAGGCUGUCACUAUCAGUCCCAGCACCUCUUUGCUGGCAAAGUUUAAACAUAAACUAAAAAGACACAUGAUCUAUGUUUUCUUCUACCUUUGGUCUUUCAACUUGUCAUUCAGUAGUAGGUGGAUCUUCUAUGUUGGGGCUUUUACCAAUGUGAGUGAGACCAACCAGAUGAAGGUCACCAAAACCUGCUCACUCUUCCCCAUGAAUUACAUCACCAGGGCACUGAUUUUAACAGUGACAACCUCCAGAGAUGUAUUUCUUGUAGGAGUUAUGCUGAUCACAAGCGCAUACAUGGUGAUCAUCUUGUUCAGACAUCAGAAGCAAUGCAAACAUCUUCACAGCCUUAGCCACCUGAGGGCGUCCCCUGAGAAAAGGGCCACCCAGACCAUCUUGAUGCUGGUGGUUGUCUUUGUGGUCAUGUACUGGGUGGACUUCAUCAUCUCAUGCACUGCAGUCCUGUUAUUGGUGUACCACCCAGUCAUCCUGACUGUUCAGAAGUUUGUGAUGAAUGCCUAUCCCACAAUUGCUCCUUUGGUACAAAUCAGUUCUGAUAACAGAAUAAUCAAUAUGCUGACAACCUUGUGGUCAAAAUGCCACAAGACUUUUUUAAAAGGGUAAAUUUUCUCUUCCUUUAAAAAACCAAUUGAUUAGCCAGGCAGUAGUGGAGCACACCUUUUUUUUUUUCCAGCA